AUGACGGCCGAAGGUCCGGACCAGAUAUGGUUCCUCGUUGCUGCGAUUGUUUGCAUUGCAAUCCCGGGGCUCUUCCUGAUGUUGCGAGUAUAUACGAGACUUGUGAUCGUACGAUGCUUGGAGCCCGCGGAUUACUUCUUGUUCCUAGCUUUUCCUUUGAUCGUGACUGAAAUCGCGGUGGGAUAUCACAUGGUGACAUGGGGUGCAGGAGUGCAUCAAUGGCAGAUCACCCUGGACCAAUUGUUCAACCAGCUUUAUAUCAUCUACUGCCCGCUAAGCUUUGCCGUCAAGAUGGCCAUCCUCAUGCAGUACCUCCGACUGUUUGCGCCUUUACGUAGCGACAACAAGUUCAUGUGGUAUGGGGCGUGGGCAACAAUUGUCGCAACGUUCGUUGUCUACACCUUCUUCACGUUUUGGACGAUGUUUUACUGCAAGCCUCGACGGAUGAUAUGGGAUAAGCUCACGCCAGGCGGAAAAUGCCAUGAUGUGAACCACAUCAUCCUGAGCCAGGGCGCCUUCAACAUGGCGUCCGAUUUUGUAAUUCUCUUCUUGCCUACCUUAUCGCUGUGGCAAUUGAACGUGCCGCUGGCUCGUAAGGUGUUCAUCACAUCGCUCUUUGCAACCGGGCUUAUAGCAUGUAUUGCUUCGGCGAUGCGCAUUUGGUUCACCCUCAACAUUUCCGCCUCCCUAGCUGAGGCUGACGUGUCUUGGAACGGCCUCUUUAUUGGAAUUUGGACAGCACUCGAAGUGUCUCUUGUCUUUGUCGUGGCAUGCACACUCUGUCUGCCGAAGCUAAUUCAAGCGAAGGGCAAGAAGUUUCGAGUAGCGUUGUCGUACGUCUCUACCCCUUUCUCUGCCAUACUAGGCAUUGUCCGAAGGAAGACAGGGCAUAUAGAACUCGAGCCAAGCACCCCACAGAGUGUAGGGCAACAUGUACGAAACUCCUCCUGGGAAGACAUCGAGCUUGAUGAUAAUAGCCCAAAAUCUUCCGAGGGGUGGGAGUAUACGCGCUGGCAAGAAGAGGUCGAUGCUCGUUCAAAUUGUACAUCAAGACCGCUUGACCGACCAUCCAGUGCUGCAAGUAGAAGCAGCCACUCGCAUCGAAGCGCCCAGAGACACUCGAAUCACUUCCUGGAUGGGUCCCAGCAGCAGUCGCUCCACACUCCAGAGCUCUCGAAGCAGCAGCAACCGUGGAAGACUGCCUACAGCAAAGGGUACGCACUGUGA